CUGGCACCAGUAGCACUACACCCACGUAGUUGUGCUUCCGACAGUUGUUACAAAGCAAUUUUUGAGAACAGUCGAGUUUGAACCAAAACUAGUGUCGUCGUUAUUUUAAAAAAUACGCCGAAACGUUAGUGUUUCAGCUAAAAUCAAUUGUUAAUAUUUCUCUGUGCGUAAAUUUAUAUCAGAAGUAGUCGUAUGUCGUAUACAUAAUGUUUAGUAAUUGUGUUUUUAUAACAUUAUUAUAUAUUCUGGGAAAUUUCGGAGCCUGCAUAGGAGAAAAGGAUUUCAACAGAAUUCAUUACCUUCCCGCCAAAAACUUAGAAGAAGAAAACUCAUUUAGCACAUUCAACACCCAAAAUCAUCGUUCUGCUAAGGAUAAACAAGUUUUUGAGGGCCAUGAUUACAAUGAUUAUAGCAGCGGGUACUCCAAGUUAUGGCCGCCGUAUUUUACACGCUCCGAGACGGCCAGUGCCAAGGAAAAAGUCCCGCUCAAAGUCCACCGACCACACGAAGACCCCAAACUUUUCUAUCAAUCUCAGUCCUACCUUAAAGAAAUUAAUAAUCAAAAUUUGGAAAAUGAAGUAGCGUCCAUUUAUCCUGGUAGAGAAGUGAUUUGGGCUGACGAAAAUCAUUCUAUUCCUAAAAAUUUUUUAAGAAGCGGAAAACUGAAUCACAUUUCAAGUUCAUCAUUAAUACCGUGUAUAACAUGCCCACAUGAUAGAACACUAAUAGCCAAAAAAGGCGUAGAUCGUGUUUUUUUACAAGCUCCAAAACUGACUACAUGUUCUGGAAGUAAAGCACCUAACAACAUUCGUUUUGUCCGGAUGUACGGAUCUAAAUUUGGUACAUUAAUUCAGCAAGGCUCCCACGUCAUUCUCGGUCGCAUUAUGCACAAGAAUAAAACUCUCCAGCUUUGCAAAAUGCAGGUGCACGUUAUAAUGCAAACUUGUCCAACUCCAAGAUAUUUGAUAUCUCACUGUAAUGAAAACACAAAUAUAUGUACUUUUAAAUGUCGAGUUGAGUCCUUGGAAUUGGAAGGAAAUACUGAAUUAUCUUGUGGAGAAGAUUUACAAUGGCAAGGAAAUCUUCCAGUUUGCAGGGCUCGCAAUUGGUGUCAUCCUCCAAUACCUGCAGACAAGGGUAAAAUAAGCUGCAGGGGUGCGACGCCUGGAAAGAAUAUAGGGUUGGUGGAAGGAUCACGAUGCAGAGUUCGUUGCCCCCAGGGAUGGCACUGGGACAAAGCUGUUGCAGUUUGUCGGCGUGGUGAAUGGACAAAUGUACUACGAUGUCUUCCUAAGAGAAAAAUUAUAUUGUAAAUAUAUUGUAACUUUAACGUUAUGUGAGUUUUAAAUACUAUUGAACAUUGUAAUAUUAAUAUAAGGUAAAAUAUAAAGUUUAAACCAAUGGAAACGAUUUGUAUGAGUCCUAUAGUUUUAUACAUGUUUGAUUGAUUUUGUAUAAAGAUAGAUGUCUAAAAAUAUAUCAAAGUCAAACUCGAGUUUCUGAAUAAUUUUGACUGCUCAACCUCUGUUGAUAUUAUCUUUUCAUUAUUCCGCUUGAUAUUGUUAUGUACUCUUAGUACAUAGUUUAUUUAGAUUUAUAUACAAUAGUCCAAUUGUUUAUAUAGAAUUAAUAGUUAUUGUUUAUUAAAAAGUUAAUAUAUCUUUUAAUUAAUUAA